AUGUCGACCGUCACUCUCCAACAUCCUGACCUGGGCGUCUUCAAGGGUAACGCCGGUGACGAGGUGGAGCAGUUCCUCGGCAUCCAGUACGCAACGCUAAGGGAUCGCCUAUCCGAACCCGUUGUCCGGACAGAAUACGGUCCUGAGAUCGAUGCCACAAAGCAUGCUUCGACAAGUUACAGCGCUCCCAAUGGCUUCGAGAAUGAGGUCGGCCUGUUCAUUCAAAACGAGAUCCCGAAGCCAGAGGAGGUGAAUUCCGAUGUCGACUGCUUGAACUUAGGCAUCACGAUUCCGAAGCGUGGACCAGCUUCCGCCUCGAGAUUGCCUGUCUUUGUCUGGAUCCAUGGCGGAGGCUUCGUGGUUGGCGCUGCCAGUUGGCCUCACUACGAUCAUGGUCGGCUGGUCAAGCUGGCCGCUGCCAAUGGAGUGCCAGUGAUUGGCGUUGGCCUCAACUACCGCUUAGGCCUGUCUGGAUUUCUCACGUCUGAAGAGCUCAAGGCGGCCGGCUACAAAGGCAAUAACUUUCUCCGGGACCAACGCGCCGGGCUCGAGUGGGUGAGACGCCACAUCGCUGGCUUUGGCGGAGAUCCAGAUAAUAUCACCAUCAUCGGUGAAAGCGCCGGAGCAAUGGCCGUCACGUUGCAUCUGUUCUCACAGCAGCCCAUCUUUCAAAGGGCUAUCGCAACUGGUGGCACCUGCCUGGUGCGUCCAGCUCUCCCGCCCGUCGUUCAUGAAGGCAACUACAAACAGGUCUGUACCGCGCUUGGUCUGGAUAGUCUCUCCAGCGAGGAGCGGAUCAAAGCCCUCUUGACGCUACCAAUGGACCAGAUUCUGGCCAAGGUGCCCCCCAACAUCCAGCCAAAUGCUGUCAUUGAUGGAGACAUCAUCGCCGCCUUCCCCAGUUAUGCCACCGUCAUGGACCCCAACGAUGCUUCCGUGCCCGCCAAAUCAUGGUUGAAAGCGUUGGCUGUGGGCGAUUCUGCCUUCGACGCAUCCGUGCUCUACUGGCUCAUGAGCUUCCUCAAGCCCCUCUCUCUCAAAUUUCCCGCCUCCGCCAAAGCCACGCUGGCCUCCCACCCCGCCGAAGCCGAGAAACUCCUCGCGCUCUACGACUUCAGCGACGCCGCCGACGACGAGACGGCCUUCCUCAAGCUCCUCAACUUCAUCAACGACGUCUCCUUCACGCUGGGCACGCUCGCCUUCGCCAAAGGCUUUUCCUCCGGCUGCGACACCAACGUCUUCUUCUUCAACGAGCCGAAUCCCUGGCCGGGCAAGUUCCAGGGCCGCGCCACGCACGUCCUGGACGUGGUGUUUUUGUUCCAGAACUACAACGAGAAGCUGCCGCCCGCGCAGAGGGAGGCGGCGCAGCAGAUGGGCGUGGAUUUUGCGAGGUUCGUCGCGGGCCAGCAGCCGUGGAGCAAGUUUGAGGACAGGGAUGGCGGGAGAGCCGCUAAAGUCUACGGCCCCAGUGGCACUGGCAGUGGUAUCGGGCAGGGCGAGGGCGCGGCAAAGUCGACGGUUGUCGAGGACGCGAUCGCGAGCACGGGGACGGGUCGGAAGCCUGAGAUCGUGGACAUUGCCAAUGCUGUGGGAUGGGAUUCGUUGGGCGCGGUGUUCAUCGACUUCAUCUUGGGCAAGCAUCUCGGGUAA